AUGUCGAGCAAUAUUCACGGUGCGCCAAUGGCGCCUCUUUGGUGGACAGCGUCCAGCGGCCAAACUCAUUCCAACACACUACCCCAGAAACCCUCACGUUGGUCGGAUAACUGGGAUCUAGCAACAGAACCUUUCCCCGAAUUCGCCACAGAGCCACAUUCUAUAGAUGGCACAUCAGAUAUUAUUGCCCUGAAUGCAUCCGAUCACCGCUCAGCCACUCCCACUUCACAUUCCAAGGAUCACAAUUUGAGAGAAUACCUUUCGUCCUCGCCUUGCAUUUCCGAAGAUACGGCUUCCUCUGAGAAUGAUACGUCGAGCCCAGGUAGUUCUAGUCUCGAUUUGUCGCGAAGUCAAACACCCUCUUCCGAAUCGGAGUGGCAAAGUAACCGUGCCGCUACUCAUAUACACACAGAACAAAUUCCAGCGGCAAAUCGCGCACCCCCGGAGAUAUUGGAUCAGAUUUAUGGCUUGCUAAGCCCACGAGAUUUUGACAAUGCUAGGCGAACAUGCUCGCAAUGGAUGCGUGCCAGUUUACAGCAAGCUCUUCUCGAGAGCAUGUUAAAGAGGGCCGGUUGGUGGGAUGCAUGGCGGCGAGACUGUCAAACGUAUCGGCCUGCCAACGGCGUGGAGCAAAGUUUGGUCUGGCGACUGAGCAAGCGUUUCGCAACCGAGUGUGUCUUAUCUGGCCGAAAAGUGAAUGUCGAGAAGAGCGGAUUUUUACCAACUGGAAUGGUGGAUUUCGGACAAUUAUCGCGUGAAUCUUUGCCAAAGGAAUCGCCGGGCUUGUCACGCGAUAUGUUUACCGGCUCUGCACCAAGACUGACAGCUGCACUUCGAGAUCCGGCCUUCUCUCGUUCCAUCAAGUUCAGUGUCAGUGUUUGUGGUCACUAUGUACUCAUUGCUACGGGAUGUAUGAUCUACGUGUACUAUCUUGGGAAUCGAAACAGUGGUGAUACUCUACCUUGUCGUUUAUCCGACUCCAGAACGGCGGAAGCAAUACUACGAGACAAUGAUCUAGACAUCUUACCUGUGUCAAGCAUUGGAUGCCCGUACGAAGUAUUGUCAGCGGCCAUUGAUACUAGCACACCAAAGUUUGUGAUUGCCGCAUUAUUACGAGGAAGGGUUGGUAUGAUUUGUGAUAUUAAAGGAGUUCCCGUACAUCUACCAACGGAACACGCGUCACCUCUUUUACACCAAGGCUCCUCGACUACAGAGCAGCUUUCGACAGAUCAGGUUCAAAAUAUCAGCGAAUUCCGCGAAGUCAUAGUCUCUAGCGCAAUAAUUGAGCAUGCUUUGAACCCAGAUAGGCGGCCAACUUUGACCUCUCGUUCCGUUUCCUCUUGUCGCGUAAUGAAUCGCUUGACGAGGGCACCGAGGAAAUAUUUCCACGAUAUCUGCUCUUUGGAGGAUCCUCCUCGCAGCGUGUCAAUCUGUCCUGGCCGUCGUUGCGUGGCAUUUGGAUGCGGAUCCGGUAUUGAAUUGCAUUGGGUGGAUGAAAAGACACAGGAAGACUCUAGGAAAUUGUUCCCUCUAUCGCAACCAGCAGAAGUUUUACAUUUUUUGCCAAGUCGUGUGGAGAUAGACGAGGCUUCCAAAUUACGCUUGAUAUCAUCCCUGGCUGGCCCAGGUGCCUCUGGAUGUCAGUGCUAUCGCGCGGCCAACGGAGAGGACGUCAUUUGCCAAUUUCAUCUGUCUUCUCGAGUCAAUUCAUUCACGCAUUGGACUCCACGCAAGAAUGGCCGCUUGAGUCUAGUAAAAGCAACACAUUGUCAUCAUUACCGCGCAAUGCCGGUUAAUGAUGGCUUGCAUAUUCUGUUUAUUGAGCCUGUCACCGGUCUUCUUUGUAUUGGCUCUGAUGCACCAAUCGGUGGUCCGACGAAUUUGACACGGGCCAUGAUCUGUAUACCACCUUCGGACGGCCUCGAGUCAAAGGAAGAACGCAUUCCUACAGUUUUUGCCGUGGGGUCAGACUUGAGCUGGGGCCUCCGCAUCGUGGCUGCUUACCAAGAUCGUCUCGUGCUCUACACUGUACCUGUCGACGUGUAUAAUGUUCUUCGACGGGAACGAGAACUACAGGGUGAUAAUGUGAUGGGCGAUAGUGAUUUGGCACGAGAUUGGUUUCUGGAUAAUGAACGUAAUUCGAAACGACGUGGCAGUCUGGCACAAAAUCAGAAUGGCGAUUGGGAGUUCUUGUUGCGAGUCAGUUAUCGACCAACAGCCAUGCUCUGGCCUUUGAAGAUCUAUGGCAAGGAAAUUGGACGCAUGGAUAAGGUCGUUGAUUUUUCAGUUCAGACAUCGAGUGGUGGAGUCCGCGUUUGGGCGUUUGGUUCAUCUGGUGAAGCUCGUAUUUUUGACAUUGAUACACACACAUCCAAGACAAGACCGGCUGCUGAUGUUGCUGUCAAAUCCUUCAAUGUUUCCUCGGACGGUAGCAUCGGAUCUGCAUCGUUUAAGAAUCGCGCGGAAUCCGGCCUUUUGUCACCACUACCCGUCGAGGCUACACGCAAGCGGAAACACUUGAGUCAACCGGCGGCAUUUGAUCGGAAGCUCCUGAGUGUAUGGAAGGACAACAAUACCCUUUCUACCAAUAACGACUGCGGUGUAGAUGGUUUUGAGGUAUCGUCAUCUACAACAUCUCUGACUUCGCCAUCAAGGCGAACAACUGCAUCAAUCGGCAGAAACAGCCAUCGCCAGUCAUUUGCGGCGUGCAUUAUGGAUCUGAAAAUCCCCGAACUCGGCGCUCGAGAAGGUCUAUGGACACCCCCGAACCGUGCUGCAACGGCACCAUCUACGCCCGGCUGCGACCUUGACGACAGUUGUGAUACCGCGGAAUUCCAUGAUAUUGCAUCUUACGAUCCUCAGGAAAUCAGAAAGUUUUUCACCGUCUGGUCCACAUCCUCACCUAAGCCCUCUGCUGGGCGCUGGCGUUAA